AUGGGGACGAAUCCAUCCAGUAACAAUGCGAACGAACCGGACACAAGAGCAUCACUUGUGGAAACACUCGGGGCUUUGGAGAAGAUUCUUCGGUUUGUAGAGAAAUACAAGGUUGCCGCUUUGGUUAUCCUGGCUCUGGCAUACCCGAAACUCGCCGCCAGCUGUGGCUGGAAAGGGUCAGAUGCUUCUUCGGCUGAGUCUCUGUUCUCUGUGCCGUUGUUCGUGGCAAUGGUCUUGCUCGUCGCAGCCAGUCAAUCUACAAAUGUCUCCUGGCAGCUACGAUAUGCAUACCUGGAAUGGCAGCCUCUCACCACUUGGCUCGACGGCUUCACCGGCGGGCACACUAUUACUCUUGUCCUAAUCACCCUUUUCUUCUUCCCGGUCCUCUGGCUCGGCAUUCUCGGCUUGAUAUCGUGGCAGCUUAUCCUGUUGAAGUACCGCCAAUACGUCCGACAAGUCACUGCAGAUAUGAGCGAGCUCAGGGCCCAGGCUAAAAUAGCUCUGGAUCGCAGUCAGGAAUAUGCCACUGCAGCAUCUGAGUACGAGUGGCGUGUGUUGAAAGUGGUAAAGGAAAUCUAUCUGGUCCAGACCCAAAUUACUGAGGUCUUUGACCGGCAACCCGGUGCCUUCAACCUGUUAGCCCAGAAUGUAGAGAGUGCUGUCCAAGCUGGAAAGGAUCUCACGGACCUCACCAAGGACAUAUUGGUCGGCCUGUCGAAGGCAGAAGAUGAAUUCGGAAAGGUUCAGCAACUCGCCGACAAGGUGACCACGCUUGCUGAACAUGGAGAAAUUGUCGACGCUGCUUCUUCUGCGGUGGCCAUCCAGGAGCGAUUGACUGCUGUUCAUGAGGCCGAGAAUUCCCUUCUCCAAAUUAAAGAAGGGACCCACAGCAUCAUGGUGAAAGUUUAUCUCGAUGAUAUGCUGGCGACGCAGAAGAAGCUCCUCGAAGAACUUCAGGCGAGAGCCAGGGAAAGGGAAGAACAAGCUGAAGAAGACGCACAACCGAUUCUCGAUAAUACAGUGACUCUAACGAACCCAAUCGCGAUUGUGGGCAGUUUAAGGGGCGCAGUUGAGAACAUUGAUGACCGGUGGUACCCACUUGAGCUGCCAUUUGCUGUCAGCCUCUUCAAUCAUUGCACCAACAACAUCUUCGUGACGGACAAUGGCAUCCUCAGUUUGGAUUCGGCCGGCGGAACAAACAGGGAACAGCGAACAGGACAGGUUCUUCCCUUCUACGAUCAGAUUCCCGCAUACUCAAUGUUUCCCUUCUGGACCGAUUUGAAGAUCUGCGAGGGAAAGCCACACGGGAUCUAUUAUGAGAUUGUCGGAGAGCCCGGGUCGAGAUCUCUCACGGUGGAAUGGUAUGUGACACGGUUCUCAAAGGAAGAUCAAUACUUUCACUUUAACUUGCGGAUUGACGAGGCGCACCCGAAUAUUGUCACUUAUCAGUACUAUGAUGCUGUGGACAAAGGUGCUGAGUGUACCAUCGGAGUUCAAGGGGCCGAUGGCGUGUUUAAAAUGUUCUCUCACAACGAGGCCAAGGUAGAGCCAGGACUCCGGGUAGUCUUCAACACAGCGGAGAACACGAUGGAUGUCUCCACGUUCUCAAUAUAA